AAUUUCUUUUGUUUUUGCAUUUCUUUAAUAAACAGUUAUGAAAGUAAUACCAAUUGUUUAAAGGUUAAAACAGUUUAAAAAAGAGUUUAGUAUUUCAAGUGCAACGAACAGUAGGAGUUCAUAAAAAUUACUGCAACUGCCACCAUUUUAUAAAUAAGAAAGGACAUUAACAUAAUGAAAAAUUCAUUAAAAAUCUAUGCCGUUUUGGCCAUAACAACAGUUGUCGUAAUACAAACUGCAAGAGCUGCCAAAUUUUUGCCCAACAAACCCGAUUUCAUAGUACCCUGUUAUUUACAGGAUCCACAAUUUAACAAAUGUUAUGCCAAAAACUUUGAGGGAAUUUAUCGCGAAUGGAAAGAUGGCUUACCUGGUUUAAAGGAAGCUGGCUCCUAUGAUCCUUUAUAUGUUAAACGUGUGGUUAUUGCUCAAGAUGCCAAUAAUCCAGUGGCCUUAAAUGCUGAACUUAUUAAUCUGGUUAUAACAGGAGUCAGUCAAAUGCAGGUUCAAGAUGCCAGUUUUAAUCCCAAAUCACUGAAAUCAACUCUUAAAUUAUUUGUGCCAAAGUUACGCUUUGAUUCAGACUAUAAACUAAAAGGACGCAUUUUGAACUUGGCCUUGAAUGGCAAUGGCAAAUCUCUAAUUGAAAUUGAUAAUUUCGUUUUAAUACUCAACAUCCAAUUAAAAUUGCGUGAUGAACAUGGUUUAACCUUUACCGAUAUUGAUAAAUUGCAUUUGGAUAUUAAAGAUGUUGGUGGCUUUCAUGUACAUUUUGAUAAUCUUUUUAAUGGUCAAAAGGACUUAGAGGACACUACAAAUGCUGUAUUCAAUGAUAAUUGGCGUGAUUUUUAUGAAGUUUUACGUCCCGCUAUCAGAGAGGCUGUUGAAUUUAUCAUGAAAGAUCGUCUAUCAAAGGCAUACAGUUAUGUACCGGGCAAUUACUUUAUUGCCGAUGUACCUAGUGCUGCCCAGCAUAGUGGUUAAUAUAGAGUAAUUAUUCUCUUAAAUUUACAAAAUAAAGUUAAUUUGUGAAAACUGAAUUUGGCGUAAAACAA